CUCCCACUGGCCUCAGCCCCCCAGCUCACCACCUCCUCAUCUCCCCAUGGUGCGGCUGCCCCGUGCCGCUGGCUAGCCGCCUGGAGUGACCCCGCUCGUAAACCCCGCGCCUCCGCUUCCCGCCGACGUCGCCGGAGGAGGCCACCACCGUUAUGCCAUGGCCGUCAUCCUCUCCUCCGCCGCGCCCACUCCGCUGACUCCUCCCCCGCGUGCUCAGAGGCGAAGGGAGGCUGCGUCGCGGCCGCCAAGGAACGGGGGCCUCGCGCGCCUCUCUGGCGCGCUCGGCCUCGCGCACGGCGCCGCCGGCACGGGCGCUGCGCUCGCCUUGCCGUCCUACGAGGAGACGCUGCGUCUGUCCACCGACUCCGGUAGCGGCGGCGGGGACGGGUUCUCGCUCCCGGACCUCGGCCUCGACGGUCUCGUCGACCUCGUCGCCCAGAACCCACUCCUCGCCGCCGCGGGGGUCGCCGCGGUCGCGCUGCCGCUGGUGCUCUCGCGGGUUCUCGGGGGCGGCGCCUCCAAGCCCUACGCCGUCGUGUCCGCGAGGGCGGCCUACCAGCGGCUGCUCGAGGAGCCGGACGCGCAGCUCGUUGACAUAAGGCCGCUCAAGGAAGCCCGGGAGGCCGGCGCGCCGGACAUCCGUGACGCCAAGAAGAAGGCGGUGGCCGUGCCAUACAACGGCGAGGACAAGAACGGCUUCUUGAAGAAGCUGGCGCUGAGGUUCAAGGACCCGGAUAACACCACGUUGAUCAUCCUUGACAAGUUUGAUGGGAACUCCGAACUGGUUGCUGAGCUUGUCACAGCCAAUGGUUACAAAGCUGCAUUUGCAGUAAAGGAUGGCGCAGAAGGAAGUCGAGGAUGGGUGAGCAGUAAUCUUCCAUGGAAAGCUCCUAAAAAGGGAUUUAGUUUCGACUUUGGUGAGCUAUUUGGGGAUGGUUCAGAUGGUUUACCUGUGACAAUUGGUCUUGCUGCAGCUACUGGUUUGGGAGCACUUGCCUACACAGAGAUUGAGACUGUGCUACAGUUUUUAGGGUCAGCUGCUAUUGUUCAGCUAGUGAUAACCAAACUCCUGUAUGCCGAGGAUCGAAAGAAGACCCUUAAACAGAUUGAAGAGUUCCUUAACAACAAGGUUGCUCCGAAGGACCUUCUUGAUGAAAUAAAGGAAAUCGGGCAGGCUCUGCUACCUUCUUCUGGUGAUGCUAAUAGUCAACCAGCACUAGCAGCUGCAGCUCCAGCUGUUGCCACAGCACCAGUUGCACCAGCAGAGGCAACUCCUGCUACAACCGCUGCACCAGCAGAGGCAGCUCCUGCUGCUGCCACAGCAACUGCCGCACCAGCAGCAGAAGCCACCACAGAAUCGUCUCCUGCGACGCCCACACCUCUAUCACCUUAUACAAAUUACCCAGAUCUCAAACCGCCAUCACCCCCAUCGCCACCGUCUGAGGAGGCUGAAGUCGAGGCAAAGGCCGAGAGCACAGCGACUGAAGCCCCGGCGGCUGUUAACUCUGCGCCGGUAGCAGAGGCCAGCACAGAGUCACCUCCUGCCAGCCCCAGACCUCUGUCACCUUACCCAAAUUAUCCGGAUCUCAAGCCACCGUCCUCCCCUUCGCCGUCAACACCUUAAUUAGGCAUGAAUAUACAAGAAACCGGAUCUAGAUGAAAUUAAGUUAUUGAGUUGUUCAAUUGUAACCGGCGUCUCAGGAAAGGUGUAUGAUGUACUAUUAGUCUGUGACAGUGCGGUUCUUGGUCACUGGGGCAAGUUUUCUAGCAGUAAAUAUAAAAUGUAUUAUCCAAUGAUCGACGUGUGCUUAUUUUAUUUUGGUUUCCCUUCGUUUUGGUACUUGUAAAUGUGGAAUUACUAGCCCUGAGAGUUCAAGUGCUAUAGUACCCGAUAUGUUUGGCCUGUAAUUCUGUAGAUGUGUACUUUGUUCAGGAUGAAGAAGGUAGAAGCUGGAGACGGCUUUAGUUGUGAA